AUGGGUUUACUUACGGAUCCUAGAGCUGGAACCGGCAAAAUCAUAAAAUUAUUAUUAAAAUGGGAGAAACCAUUGUGCUUUGUAUUAUAUAUAGGAGGAGUUGUAUGGUUAAUGCUCCUAGCGUUACCGGCGUUUAAUGACAAUACCUAUUUUUCUGAGAAUGCUUUAUUACCUGGAUUAGUCACGAAAGAAAGUAACCUGGAACAAACGUCAAAGCAGUAUUACUAUGAACUUAGUCACGAGAUGAAGAGACAUCCAGAUAAUAUGCCUUAUGCAUGGCUCUCUGCAAAAUUCAGUCAGCUUCAUUUAGAUGUAUUUGUACAUAAUUUUUCUUUAAUUUAUCCAUUUCAGGAACAGAAGUUUGUAGGACAAAAUGUUUAUGGUAUUGUCAGAGCUCCGCGAGCAUCCAGUACCGAAGCUAUUGUAGUCAGUGUGCCAUAUAGACCUAUAAAUAGCAUAUAUUUAGAUACUGCACCUUCGGUAGCUCUAUUACUUGCAUUCGCAAAGUUUUGCAGAAAACAAAAAUAUUGGGCAAAAGAUAUAAUAUUUCUUGUAACAGAACAUGAGCAGUUAGGUAUGCAAGCAUGGCUAGAUGCAUAUCAUGGGUCCACCAGUGGCCAGGAAGGAAUCUUGAUAGCAGGAGAUUUAUCUGGCAGAGCUGGAUCUAUUCAAGCUGCUAUUAAUCUUGAGUUUCAUGCAAUGAAAAUCACGUCAAUUGAUGUUAAGGUAGAAGGUUUAAAUGGACAGCUUCCCAAUUUAGAUCUUUUUAACUUAGCACAAAACAUGAUAGCUAAAGAAGGCAUUCAACAGUCUUUUCAACGUCGAUUUGACGUUAAUUACAGGGAUAAAUUAAAAAGUUGGUGGUAUCAUUUUAAUACGUUAAUGAGCAUGGUAGCGACGCAAGCUACUGGAGUUCCAACUGGUAAUCAUGGACUAUUCCAUAGGUUUGGUAUUGAAGCCAUUACGUUAGAAGGUUUCAAAAAAUCUGGAAAAGAAACGGGAACAAAUUUUUACCAAGUAGGACGCAUAGUAGAAAGUAUAGUGAGAUCACUUAAUAAUUUAUUAGAGCGUUUCCAUCAGUCGUAUUUUUUCUAUUUAUUACCUUCUACCGAUCGAUACAUUUCUAUUGGAUUAUAUAUGCGACCUUUGGUACUAAUAAUCGCUAGUUUGUUUAUAAAGGCAUUUUCUAUUUGGCAAAGAUUGCAGACAUCGAAUAAUUCGAAUGAUACAAAAAAGAAUAAACAAGGUUUAUCAAAUAAGGUCGACAAAUUUGACAUCGGAAGUAUCGCUUCUGAAGUGUUAUGGGCGCACAUAUUUGGAGUACUAAUAAUGGCUUCUCCUCGAAUUUUUACUUCAAUCGGAUCGCAGAUGUUGAAUCUACGUACAGAGGAUUCAUUAUACAUUAGUUUUGCCUUAAUCACGAUUCUCACGGUAUUUGGGCGCUUUUAUCUGAAGAGAUCAAUCAAAUAUGAAAAUAUAUUGCUUGUAUUCGUUAUUGCUUUAAUCGAGAUAGCUACGGCAUUAAUGUGUAUAGCUAUGCACAAUUUCUCAUUAGCAUUAGUGACGGCCGUUGUGUAUGUACCAAUUGUAUUUUUGAUAACACCGCAUCAUGAAUCUGCGUCCAGGUUCCGCUGCUGCCAAUAUAUCGUAUGGAUCAUGCUGCAUCCAUUUAUUUCGUCGGCGAUUGUCGUGAUGGGCUACACGUAUCUUAAUUUUCCUACUGAUCCUAUUCCAUCCCUGUUUCUCAGAAGCUAUCGCGCUAAUAAGCAGGCACUUGUUUUUAGCAUUGUUGAUUCUAUGAUAUACGGUAAUUGGUUCUACAAUGUCGCCACUGCCGUUAUGUUACCAAUGUGGAUGUUAUUUUGGAAUGUUAUGCAUUCUAGCAUCGCGACCCCCUUACGAUAAAACGGUUGU